AAAGUGCCUGCCUCAUUGACACCCAUGUGAAGACCCAUUUCUGCUCACAGGAGUUCAUUAGAUUAUAAUUAUGAAGAAAUAUAAAUAAAAUAGUCUCUCUGCUCAUACAAUAGAUGUAUGCAGUUACAUGCUUGCAUUUCAAAGGGGAUGCAGUCUUAUUGUUGAUAUUAAUGUAUUAAUAUCUUUUCAUUAACAGGAAGCUGCUGGAGAAAGUAGUCAACACACUGGAAAACACAACUCAGUCACCAUAAUGCCAUCAAUGCUCCUGUCAAACCUCACACAGGAUUGGGUGGAGAGUGUGCGGAGGUGGCACCUAGAUUUUUUUUUCAUCCCCACCGUAGUCUUUACUCUGGCAACCUUGCUUGCCAACCCUGUUCUCCUGGCAUGCAUUUUCCUGAGCCGUGCCUUGCGUCAGGAGACGCGUUACCUGCUAGUGGCCAACACCCUGACAGCAGACAUGCUCUUCCUGGUCCUCAACCUGGCCACAAUGACCUGUAACGCCGUGAGAGCUCAAGUACCCUGGGUCAUGUGUGAGCUGGUCAUAGCCAUCACUAUCACCGCCUACUGCUGUGCCAUCCUCACCAUCACCCUCAUGGUUGUUGACACCUACGCUGCAGUUCGCUGGCCUCUCCAUUACCAUGACAUUCUUCCACCUGCCCGGGUCUACCGCAUACUGGCGGGGUUGUGGGUGCUCGCAGCCAUUUACCCUUUCACCCUCGUGAUCAUAAUGGUGAUGGAUCGAGGAAAUUCCCAUGAAAACGUGGCUGUGUGUAUAAUCCUCCUCUCCCUGGGCUUCGUUCAGGUCAAUAACAUGAUGGGGAUCUACAUCUACUUCUUUGUAGCUGCACUCAUCUGUGCUGUACUCAUUUUUUUCUGCUACAUUCGGCUCUAUAUGGUAACAAAAACCCAGGGCAUCUGGCAGAGCCGCUUCUCCAGGGCCCGGAUCACGCUGCUAGCUCAUGGCGUUCUUCUCCUGCUCUACUUUGCCCCCGGUUUUGUUUUCACCUUGGAGCUCUUCCUGUUUCAGAGGAACGACAUAAGUCAGGAUGUUCGUGUGUGGAUCAGCACAGUCAAUAUGGGUGUUUUCACGUUGCUGCCCAGGGCAAUUGCUCCAUACCUGUACGGACUGAGGUACAGGGAGAUCUCUGAUACUCUAGUGCAGUUUCUGCACCAGCACAGGGGACUCAGCCAGGUUACUGUUUCAUGAAGACACUUACAAACUGGCAGUCUUUUCAAAUUUUUCCAAUCAAAUUACUUGUGAAAUACA